GAGAGCGCGGUUGUGAUGAGAGAGAACCUAAUGAUGUGUCCCAUUAAGCACGCAUGUAAACGUACGUGUCGCAAGAAGGAAUACCGUCAUCUCUACGAGGUACAGCCCCGAAAACGGAAAAUAUAAAAAUAGGAUCAGCUCCUCGUCCAGUAUAUAUUUAUAGUUAACGACGAUGCAAACAAGUAUCCAUUCUGUCAGAGUAUAGCUUGUAAUAUGAUGUUUCCAAGCAAACAAGCAAUUCUCAGCCUGGCGAGUUACCCCUUUGUUCAUGCUCGUCGUCGGUACUUCCACGCCCAUCACGAUUAUGUAGCUUGCUUCAGCUCUUAUUCCGCCAGAAAUACGGGCGGUGCGAAUCCGGGGAAUUUAAGCGAAAAAGACAACGCGGUGGGAGGUUCAGAAGGCGGGUAUGGUGGCUCUGGAAUCUCUAGUACAGAAAAUCAGCAGGCUGGAGGUGCGCGAGGUGGGCCUGGGGGAUGGAACGCAGGAACUAAGGCGGCGAGGAGGAGGGUAGAUGGGGAGGUCAAGGGCGGAGAGUGGCGGAGGGACACCGAAGACGCUGGUAGGGACACGGGGGGCUCCGUGGCGGAGAUGGCCAAGGCAGGGGCUGUGGGAGCCAUGGAGGCGGGGUUGAAGUUGGGAGAAGUGGCGAAGCAGACAAUGGACGGUAUGUGGGACGCCGCCAAAGAGACGACGGAGAACGUCAGAGACACCGUGGCAGAUGAUUCUGAAACUGUCGAUCGCCGGACACGAAGAUCCAACGAUAAACAUGUGGAGGAUUUGAGGAGACGGGGCGGGGGUUAUGAUUUGAAGGAUUUGUAAUUAAUGGUUUAGAGUUGAUGUUGUUCCAAAUAUAAAAUUAUCACUUGCUAAAUCAAGAUCACACCAAAACCAUUUCGGGCCUAAAUUUAGGAAAAUUCUUGCUCCAACUUGUCCUUGAUAGUUUGAGAUAUGCUGCUAGCUAGUUCUUGCUGUCCAGUACGUAGGUAAAAUUAUCAAUUAGUGAUAGUCAUCAGACAACAAGUUAGGUUUUUAAUUAGAUAAUUAUAACAAGCAUGUAAUAAUUUUCUCUUUAAUAUGGGUUUUCGUGAUCA